AUGUCUCUGAGAGCAGAAAGCCAUGCAGCCACAUCCACGCUGAAGAAGCUCGCUGCAGACAUGAGCAACAUCAUCGAGAGCCUGGACACCAGGGAGCUCCAUGUGGAGGGGGAGGAGGUGGACUCGGAGGUGCUCACUGACCCCAAAGGCACCGUGUGCAUUCCCUUCUCUGCCAUCUACCACACCCAUGGGUUCAAAGAGCCGGGUGCGCAGACGUACCUCACGGGAUGUCCUGUCCGAGUGCGUGUGCUGGAAGUUGAACGCUUUACUUCCACUAAGAAGGUACCAAGCCCCAAUGUUUAUACCAUCGAGCUGACCCAUGGAGAGUUUGUCUGGCAUGUGAAGAGGAAGUUCAAGCACUUCCAGGAGUUUCACAGGGAGCUGCUGAGGUACAAAGCCUUCGUGCGCAUCCCUAUCCCCACCAGGAGUCACACAGUGAGAAGACAAUCCAUCAAAAGGGGAGAGCCGAGGCAGAUGCCGAGUCUGCCGCACACCGCAGAGAGCACGGUGCGGGAGGAGCACUUCUCCAGCAGGAGGAAACAGCUGGAGGACUACUUGACAAAUAUCCUGAAAAUGCCAAUGUACAGGAACUACCAUGGAACAAUGGAGUUUGUUGGAGUAAGCCAGCUGUCAUUCAUCCAUGACCUGGGACCGAAGGGCAUAGAAGGGUUCAUCAUGAAGCGCUCCGGGGGCCACCGCAUUCCUGGCCUCAACUGCUGUGGCCAAGGGAGGAUGUGCUACCGCUGGUCCAAAAGGUGGCUGGUGGUGAAGGACUCCUUCCUGAUGUACAUGAAGCCUGAUUCAGGGGCCAUUUCCUUUGUCCUGCUGGUUGAUAAGGAAUUCAACAUCAAGAUAGGCCAGAAAGAAACAGAAACUAAAUACGGGUUGCAGAUCGACAAUCUCUCCAGGUCACUGAUUCUGAAGUGUAACAGCUACAGACAUGCCCAGUGGUGGAGGCAGGGCAUAGACGAGUUCAUCCGCAAGCACGGCAAGGACUUUCUGACGGAGCAUCGCUUCGGCUCCUACGCGGCCGUGCAGGAGAACACCCUGGCCAAGUGGUAUGUCAAUGCCAAGUGGUACUUUGAAGACGUCGCAAAUGCCAUGGAAGCUGCUAAGGAGGAAAUUUUCAUCACAGAUUGGUGGCUGAGCCCGGAAAUCUUCAUGAAGCGACCGGUCGUGGAAGGGAAUCGCUGGCGGCUGGACUGCAUCCUCAAGAGGAAAGCACAACAAGGAGUGAGAAUUUUUGUUAUGCUGUACAAAGAGGUGGAGCUUGCCCUGGGGAUCAACAGUGAAUACAGCAAGCGGACGCUCAUGCACCUCCAUCCAAACAUCAAGGUGAUGAGACACCCAGACCACGUGUCCUCCUCUGUGUACCUGUGGGCCCACCACGAGAAGCUGGUGAUUGUGGACCAGUCCGUGGCGUUCGUGGGUGGCAUUGACCUGGCCUACGGGCGCUGGGACGACGACGAGCACCGCCUGACUGACGUGGGCAGCGUCAAGCGCGCCUCCGCCGCCGCCACCAAGUCACUGUCCACCGCCAACCUGGCUGCUACAGCAGAGUCCACUGAACGUGUCCUGCUGCAGCCUCAAGGUCUGGCCCCAGAGAGCCACUUGUUCGAGAGAAAUGCUGAUGAUGCCCCAGACACAUCAAAGAUGAAAGGAGUAGGAAAACCCAAAAAGUUUUCAAGGUUCAGCAUUUACAAGCACCUGCACAAGCACAGCAUGCACCACUCUGACAGCGUCAGCAGCAUCGACAGUGAGUCAAGUUACUCUACCCCCACUAGGAGCCAGCCGAAUAUAAUCCAGAGUUUAAGGCCCCAUCUGAAAAUGUUCCAUCACCACUGUGAAUCCAAACAGGGGCUUGCUGAGCCUCGGGAGGAUAAAGGAUCCAUCCGUAGCCUGAAGACAGGUGUUGGAGAGCUGCUCGGGGAAACCAGGUUCUGGCACGGAAAAGACUAUUGCAACUUUGUCUUUAAAGACUGGGUUCAACUCGACAAGCCUUUUGCUGACUUCAUUGACAGGUACACCACGCCCAGGAUGCCCUGGCACGACAUCUCCUCCGUGGUGCACGGCAGAGCCGCGCGCGACAUCGCCCGGCACUUCAUCCAGCGCUGGAACUUCACCAAGAUUAUGAAACCCAAAUACCGGUCCCUGUCCUACCCAUUCCUGUUGCCAAAAUCUCAGCAAACUGCUCAUGAGUUGAAGUAUCAGGUGCCUGAGGCUGUUCCUGCCACGGUCCAGGUGAUCCGCUCUGCUGCUGACUGGUCUGCUGGCAUUAAAUACCACGAGGAGUCCAUCCACAAGGCCUACAUCAGCGUGAUAGAGAACAGCAAGCACUACAUCUACAUAGAGAACCAGUUUUUUAUUAGCUGUGCUGAUGACAAAGUUGUCUGGAACAAGAUCGGUGAUGCGAUUGCUCAGAGGAUUCUUAAAGCUCACAGGGAGAACAGGCGGUUCCGAGUGUACGUGGUGAUCCCGCUGCUGCCCGGCUUCGAAGGGGACAUCUCGACAGGAGGGGGGAAUGCCCUGCAGGCCAUCAUGCACUUCAACUACAGGACCAUGUGCCGAGGGGAAAACUCCAUCCUGGGCCAGCUGAAGGCAGAGGUUGGAGAUAAGUGGAUAAACUACAUAUCCUUCUGUGGCCUUCGAACAUAUGCAGAGCUGGAAGGAAAACUGGUCACAGAGCUCAUCUAUGUGCACAGCAAACUGCUCAUUGCUGAUGACAACACAGUUAUAAUUGGCUCUGCCAACAUCAACGACCGCAGCAUGCUGGGGAAGAGGGACAGCGAGAUGGCCAUCAUCGUGCAGGACAGCGACACCGUGCCCUCGGUCAUGGACGGCCACGAGUACCGCGCCGGCCGCUUCGCCCAGUCCCUGCGCCUGCGCUGCUUCAGGGUUGUCCUUGGUGGCUCCGACCUCAAUCCAGAACACCAGGAUCCCGUCUGUGACAAAUUCUUCAAGGAGGUGUGGAUUGCCACGGCAGCUCGGAAUGCCACCAUCUUUGAUAAAGUGUUUCGAUGCCUUCCCAGUGACCAGGUGAAUAAUUUAACCCAACUGCGUGAUUUCAUCAACAAGCCCAAAUUAGCAACUGAUGAUCCUGUGAAAGCAGCAGAAGAAUUGAAAAAGAUUCGUGGGUUUUUAGUCCAAUUCCCCUUUCGUUUUCUGGAGGAAGAGUACUUGCUUCCCUCAGUUGGAACAAAGGAGUCCAUGGUACCCAUGGAGGUCUGGACUUAAGAAGAUGCAGACUGCUUUACCUUUUAAAGUCUUGUUCUCAGGAGAGAAGAUAAUGAAAAACACGAGAUUUUGGAAUGUGAAAGAAGACUAAAAGCUUCUCCACCAAGGUAAUGAGCCCUUCAGAAGGAUUUUGGUGGAGGAACUUGAAGCAAAUCAACACUAGCAGACAAGAGGAGCAGAAAAACUUGGAAAUGGUGGCAGAUAGAAGUUUAACUUCUGGAGGAGUUACUUCUUCAGGCAUGUUCUGAGCAUCUAAAGGAUGCAGGCUGCUUCCUAGGACAGGAACUGACUCCCAGUCGAUGUUGUCACCACUGCCAGCUGUAUCCUGUGGUUGUGAUCGUGCUGUGGCUGCACAGGAGUCCUGGGCCGCCUGUGCUGCUUCUCAGGCUUUGGGUAUCUGCACCUUGGUUUGCUGGAGUUUCCCA